AUCUGUGCAUAUCCACUUCACUGAAAAACUCUCGCUGCCAACUCCUUGGCUUAGUCUUUGUCAUUGUCUUCUUCAAGCUCUCAAAACCAACUCUGGCUGACUCUCUUCACCAUUUCCUUUGGGUUUCAAUUGGGUUUGUUUUAGUUCAUUCCUUCAGACUCAGUUCACAAGGACUUGGUGCUUCUUCGUUGUUACAUUCUUUUAAAGAAUGGAAACUGAAAAUGGAUUUUUGAUGGAAGAGGAGACUAUUAUGAUUGCAAAAAUUCAUGAGGAAGGAUCUGCUCUUGAAACAAAGAAAGAAAAACAGAAUGCCAGAAAUGCUGAAGAGGCUUCCAAGGAUGUUACAAAGGCUGAAAGUGUUUCAGAAAGUAAAAUCUCAAAACCCUUGAAGGGACCUAGUAAUACUAAUGACAGUAAUUCAAAAACCGGUAAAACAAUGAAGGAUAAGACAAAUCUGAAAGGCGGAACUCAAUUUACUUGUAGCCAGAGGCUUGUCCUCUCCAAGAGUCUUUCCUUUCCAGCAAGAGGGACUAAUGCAGAUGGUAUGAAGAGGAGCAUAGAUGGACACCCAGUUAAGAAUGAAAUGAAAAACACACGAGCAAAUGGGGCAAAAGCUCAGGGUUCUUUUGCCUAUGGAACUGUCACUUCAGUUUCCCGACUGAAUCAACCCAACAUGCGUACAUAUGCUGCAGCAGACUUGAAGGAAGUGAGUACAAAUGAUGGAGUUUCUUCCAGGAAGGCAAGUUUAGCAUCUGUUCCUGGCGUUCAAAAAGCUGCACCAGUGAAAUCUGGUUCGGUGAAUGCAGCUGCUAACAGUCCUCCACAUGAAGUUUCCCAUGCCACCGGGAGGAAGAGCAGUGCAGGAUUCAACUUCAGGUUGGAUGAACGUGCCGAAAAACGAAAGGAGUUCUUUUCAAAGCUGGAAGAGAAGGUCCAUGCCAAGGAAAUGGAAAAAUGCAAUUUGCAAGCAAAAUCAAAGGAAAACCAGGAGGCAGAAAUCAAGCAACUGAGGAAGAGCUUGACAUUUAAAGCUACGCCAAUGCCUAGCUUUUACAAGGAACCUCCUCCAAAAGUUGAACUAAAGAAGAUACCGACCACACGUGCAAAAUCGCCAAAGCUUGGAAGAAAUAAGAGUUCCAUUGCUGCAAAAGACAUCACUUUUGAAAACGGAGAGUCCUCCCUUAGCCCAAAAGUAAGCCAAGAACAAAGCAAUUCCACCAAGGGGAUCACAACAAAUUUCAACAAAGGCUCUGCCAUUUCAAAAACUCCCAUCAGAAAGUCUCAAACAAAACUUCAGCCGCAGGAUGCUGCGCAGGUGAAAUCUGAAGCAAAGCCUAGUAAGUCAAAAUUGAAGACCAUAAAAGCAGCAGGCAACCAGAAUCUGGAAAAAUGCAAUGGAAAACCUGAAGAAAACCAGAUCCAAUCUUUGGUCCAUCUUGAAUGCCAGGAUGCAAAUCAGAACCAUCCUGCUCCAAGUGAUGGAAAGAUUAUGAGUAUUGCCAAUGCCGAGAUUAUGCCACGUGAAGUUACAGUUGGCGGCUGAAGAAACGAGUCUUAGCCAUUGUAUUUAUAGGUUCUCAAAGUUUCAAUUUCCAUAAUGUUUGUUCAUAGUCUUGUAUGUUGUAAGUUGUAAGUUGCUUAUGACAUUUUAUAUAUAUAAAAUUCUGGAGAUGUUAUAUAUGUAGUGCCUACAGGUCAAAGUUUAAGGCAUUCAUUUAUUGAGCA